ACAAAACUUUAGUUUUUAGUAGUCACCGAUAAAUUCAUGGGACAGGUUUUAACUUAAAAUUUUUACUAAAAUAAUUCAAUAAAAAUGUUUCAAACGCGGUUAAAAUUGAUUAUACUAAUCCUUACUGUUUUAUGUUUGUACGGCGUACAAUCGAAAGAGUGCUUCAGUUGUGAGGGCAUAAAUUGUUUAAGGACCUCAAAGGUUCAGAAUAAAGCAUCAUGUGUAGAUCCAGUGGAUAACUGUGUAACGGUGUUUGAAGGAUUAACUGUUAUUGCCAGAGGUUGUUAUUCAAAAUUGCCUGAAGAAUAUCGCAAUAAAUGCGACAACAUGUCUGAUACCGAGUGCCACAAAUGCUAUAAGAAUCUAUGUAAUGACCGAGGAGCCAUAUCCUGUCUGCAAUGUAACUCCGAAAAUAAUAAAGAUUGUUCCAGUGCGGUUUCAACUCUGGCAUCAACUCGUUGCCCCAUCUCUACUAGCCCGAAUAGUUACUGUUACACUCGUAAAUCGACGGAUAAUAUCGAACGAGGUUGCUUGAUAGAUUCAACAGAACAAUUAAAAUGUCUGGGAGAUAACUCGUGUGAAAUGUGUAUACCUGGCAGUGAAGAAGCCUGUAAUCGGGAGACUGCUGAUGAUAUUGUAUCUGGCAGUAAACGUGUAACAAUUUAUAGUGUUUUAAUAUUGUUGGCAUGGUUUGUGUUAACACUGUUGUGAAGUUAAACAUCGAUAUACAUUUGUAUGGUAAAAUUUAUUAAGAUAAUAAAACAUUGGUUAUUAAUAA